AUUCCUGCAAUAUCAAAUUGUUUUGCCAAGUAUCAGAAACCUGUCCUCUUAAACCCUAAACCCCGUGCUAGAAACCCCUUUUCCCCAAUUUUUGCAGAAUGCAUUUCUUCUCCAUUUUUCUCCACAAACCUUCAAGAACUCUCCACAGUAGGUUCAUCUUCCUCCGGUAUAUGGGCGGCGGGCCUCGAACCUUUCCUGGCGGGCUCAACAAGUGGCAAUGGAAACGCAUGCACGAGAAAAAAGCCCGAGAGAAAGAGAAACGUCUUCUCGAGCAAGAAAAACAAGUUUAUCAGGCAAGGAUCCGGUCAGAAAUUCGGGCCAAACUUGUGUCUGCUGAAAACCCCAUCUCGAGCAGGGAAAAGCCCAACCAGAACCAGCUCGAUUACGGCCCGUUGACGCCCCAAGACCAUGUCAAGGCUCUUGCUGAUCGGUUUAUGAAGGAAGGAGCUGAGGAUUUGUGGAAUGAAAACGAUGGCCCCUUGGAAAUUCCUUCGAAUAAACCGGGGAAAAGCCGAUUUAGUGGUGACCCUAUUGAUAUGCAGAGGUUGAUUGCUGAGAGGUCGAGUUUUCGUAUUGGGGAAAAUACUGAAAAGAGUGACUUUUCCAAGAAUGUGAGUGGUAAUAUAGCUAAACCGAGGCAUUUUUCUACUUAUGCCAGGCGAAGUGGGAAUCUCUUUGGUGAUUUUGGAAAUGAGUACUUGAGGACGAUGAGUUAUGGAUUUGGUUUAGUGGCUAGUUGUAGGCGUGGGAUUUUGAUGGGUGUAAGCGAUGUGUUGAAUUUGAAGUGUUAUUAUUCUGUGGGUGCUACAAGUACAAUGGGUAAAAGGUCGAAUUUUUCCAGAGAAUGCCAAAAAUCUCUGAUUGAUGAUGACGCGGAUGCCAAAGUGAGGUCUGGUUGUGGUGGGAGGGUGAAGUGGCCAAGGUUUCGAGGUGGUGAAAUGGAUUCAUCUGAUGAUGAUGACACCGAUGAUCACGACGAUGAUAAGGAAUUGGAAAGUAGCAGGAAGAUCUUGAGUAGUAGUGCAGCAUUGGGGAAGUAUGAUAUGAAGUACAAGAAACGAGUGCCAUUGAAUUUUUUGGAAGAUGAGGAUGAUUUAUCUCAGCAGGUUGAGGCAAUUCGGCAGGAGGUCAGUCAGAGGAAGAGCAUGCAGGAGGAUGGAAAAGAAAAAGAUGAAGAGGAAUCAAUUCUUAGUACGAAAAGGUUUGAUGAGUGUGAUGUGUCUCCACUGACCAUCCGAGCACUUACUGAGGCUGGUUAUGAGCAAAUGACCACGGUACAAGAGGCGACCCUUUCUGCCUGCCUCGAAGGAAAGGAUGCUUUAGUCAAAGCUAGGGCUGGCACGGGCAAGAGUCUUGCUUUUUUGCUUCCUGCUAUUGAAACAGUUCUGAAGGUAACAAGUGGUGCCAUAGUACAGCGGGUCCCACCAAUGUAUGUUCUUAUUCUUUGCCCCACCAGAGAACUUGCAAGUCAAAUCUCUGCAGAAGCGAAUGUGCUCCUAAAGCACCAUGAUAGCAUAGGCGUGCAAACAUUAGUUGGAGGGACACGAUUUAAAGUUGAUCAAAGACGCCUAGAAUCUGGUCCGUGCCAGAUACUUGUUGCUACUCCUGGUAGAUUGUUAGAUCACAUUGAGAACAAGUCUGGCAUCUCAGUGCGCUUGAUGGGACUGCAGAUGCUUAUACUUGAUGAAGCAGACCACUUGCUAGACCUGGGGUUUAGGAAGGAUAUGGAGAAAAUCGUUGAUUGUUUGCCUCGCAAGAGGCAGUCUUUACUCUUUUCAGCUACAAUUCCAAAAGAGGUCCGUCGGAUAUCUCAACUUGUUCUGAAAAGGGACCAUGCUUAUAUAGAUACCGUGGGGCUUGGGUGUUUGGAAACUAACGCUAAGCAGGUUAAGCAAUUUUACCUUGUUACACCGCACGACCAGCAUCUUCAAGUAGUAUAUCAUCUGUUGAAGAGCCAUAUAUCAGAAGUGCUUGACUACAAGGUUAUUGUUUUCUGUGCAACGGCAAUGAUGACAUCACUCAUGUGUUCCCUUUUCCGGGGGAUGAAUUUGAAUGUCAGAGAGAUUCAUUCCAAAAAGCCUCCACUCCAUCGAACUCGGAUCUCCGACGAAUUUAAGGAAGCUAGAAGAUUGAUUCUGAUCACUUCAGAUGUUUCUGCUCGAGGUGUGAACUAUCCUGAUGUUUCAUUAGUCAUUCAGGUUGGCAUUCCCACAGAUCGAGGACAAUAUAUUCAUCGACUCGGAAGAACAGGGCGACAAGGCAAAGAAGGUGAAGGGGUUCUGUUGCUUGCACCAUGGGAACAAUAUUUCCUAGAUGAGAUAAAGGAUCUACCUCUUGAGAAGCGCCCUUCGCCAAAUCUGGAUCCUGAUGUAAAACUAAAGAUAGAAGAGUCAAUGGAAAACAUGGAUCCUAGCAUCAAAGAAGCAGCUUAUCAUGCCUGGCUCGGUUAUUAUAACUCGAUCACCGCAAUUGGGAGGGACAAAACCUCACUCGUGGAGUUGGCCAACCAAUUCUCAGCAUCAAUUGGUUUACAAAAGCCACCUGCUCUCUACCGGAAAACUGCGUUAAAAAUGGGACUGAAAGACAUCCCCGGCAUUCGAAUACGCAAGUAGCUCCACCUCUCCGUGCUUCAACCGUGUAUAUAAUUUCCAGACUCUGCCAUUUCCAUAGCAACAAAUUGCUUCAACUUCAUUUCAAUAUUACUUGUCUUGCUAAUUUGCUGCGAGCAGCAAAGUUGAAAGAUUCGAAAUUUCUAAUGUGGGAUUCUCCAAACAAGUUCUAAUGAUUUAUUGUAAGAAAUUUGAAAUUCAUAUAUUUAAAUCCAUCAAUUCAAACACGAAGAUAGCUUAUGCUGUAACCUUUUCAUGUCUCUUUAGAUGGUUUUUCGUU